AUGCCUCCGUCUCGCGGCAUCGCGGACUUCUUCAAGCGUCCCAGUUUCCCAAUAACCAACCCAGAAAGUCCUACCAACAAUGACAGACCACGAAGCAGCAUCGACUCUCCCACUACUUCUCCACUGACAGAGCCGCCAUCGUCAUCAAUUCCAAAUCAUGCCUCCCCGCCGUCGUUCAAUCUGCCUACCUCUCGAGAAGACAAGCCGCAAGUGAAGAAUGAGGAUGAGAGGCCACUGCAACCUAGUUUCCAAAGUGCCGAUUCUACUGUCGCGGACAAUUCAACCCGGCGCAUGAUCAAUGGGAAGGAGGUCGUCAUUAGCUCAGAUGGAGAAGAUACGGACUCUAUUGCGUCGCUAGAAUCCCCGGAAGAGCUUUUUGCCCAGCUUGGCUCUGGACCCAAGGACGCUGCAGACAAGAAAUCUGGUGAAACACGGGAGACACGAUUGUCGAUAAAUGAUGUGAAACCGUCCAAAUUCAAUGCGAAAAGUUUCUCGACUCCCAAGUACAAGAAUACGCUGGAUGCACUGGUUACAGAUGCAGUCGACGACAAUGAGACCGAGGCAAGCAUCGCGAAAAUAAGGGCUACUAUCAAGCUGGAAGAGGAGAGUACGGCUGCGACAGGCUCCGAUGGGCAGGACAAACAACUACAUGAGGGUAUGCUGACAUCGGCUCUGGGUGAUAAGGAUGAUGAGCUGGGGUUGCAGCGUCUACUCGAGGCUGUUCGGAGGACAGAAGCCUUUGACCAUGAAAAGGCUUGGUCAUUCUUCAGUAAUAAGGAGACUCCACCACCUGCUCCGGAAUUCCCUCGAGAUUCUGUGGCACCUGGGACAUAUAUGGCGGUGUUGCGAGAGCCCGGUUCGCGUGAGCGUGCGUUUCAUUCCGGCAUUGUGGACUUUGCUCUAUCAAAACAAUUUUUACCGGACGAACUGGUCACAUGGAUUUCCCAUUCGGUACCCGCUGAGCCCCGGGACGAACUGAGACAAGUUUAUUGUAGGGUGUUCAAGCAUGCUACUGCUGAACGAGUCAGGUCGCUUAUAUGUCCAAGCGACAUUGAUCUGCUUUUUCAACGAUUGGGCGCGACUCCCAAGGCGUUGGCAUUAAGAGAAUCAGUUUCACCAGAUCCACCGCUGGACACAUCGUUUAGCAACCAAAAGCCUUUGCUUUCGCUCCUGGAGUUGCUUCGGGGCGCAGCAGACCUGUUCGCCGAUGAUACCCGUGAACGGAUAUUGAUGAUCCUAUUCCGCUUAACGAUUGAUAUCUCGUUAAUGAAAGAUACCAUUGUCUGUUCGGAGGUUGAAAGGACUAUUACAACAAUAUUGGAAGCGAUACCCGAAGACGGCACUGAUGAUACGGUACAUCGAAUCUGCACAUUUCUAUAUGACACUAUCAAAGACCCCACAUUCCAGAGCCGCCUCCUCAAACACAUACUCCCAACAUCAAGCUGGAUAUCAUUGCUACGCUGUCGUCUUGCUGUCGCCUACCUAACGCACGACCCAACACCCCUGACCGAACCUCCCGAAGCCGUCCUUGACCUAAAACGCAUGACCCAAGUCCUCAGAAACCGCCGCUUCGACGUAAAACUCUACAAAGGCAAAGGGACCGCCGAGUACGACUAUGGCGAACUCGGCUCCAUCAUUAUCCUUCUCAACAUCGCCAUUGAUCCUGGUUGGACUGUGUUAGGAUUCCCCAGCAAAGACGCGGAAAAUGCGUUCAAUGCUGAGAUUGACGCACUUGCGGACCGGCUCAAGAGGAUCUUCACUUCGAUUGAGGACUCGGGUGUCUCGCAUCUUAAACGGACGCUCGCCAAGGAAGGGCUCGAGGCCUUGCAUUACCGUGUCUUGUAUUCGGUACGGUCGAAGCCGCAGCCCAGGAAGGUGGGCUUUCAAGUUGAAUUGAACGAGAAUAAAAGUAAUAAAAUAACGAAAUACACGAGGCGGGUGCCAAAGGAGGAGAAUCCGGAAGCGUCCGUCAUGGACGAGGGAAAGCCUUCAUGA